GCAUGUUUGUAACAUGACAACAUGUUUAUGAGGCUACUACCUGCUGACAGAGUAUAUAUAAAGGACCCACACUUGCCCUGAACAAAUAAUACAAAGAAAUAAUACAAAGUUGAAAGAACUGUUGCAUACAUUGGACUCUAAAAAGAAAAUUGCAUGGAAGUUUUAAACGCAAACCUUGGAUAUCAUAUUGCAAAAUUUGAUACCAACAACAUGAGUCGGUCAGCAGCCAUGUUUUGUCUAAGAAGUGGCAGUAUUGAGGAGAAGUUUGAUUACUGCCCAGAUACACAAAUCCCAUCUAUUCCUCCUGGUGGGGCUGUUGUGAAGAUUUGCUAUGCUGGUGCUUGUUAUACAGAAGAUCACAUGAUUGGCCAUCAUAAAAAUCUUACCCCAGGCUUUGAAGUGGCUGGAAUCAUUCAUGGUGUCUGUCCAUCUGUUCCCAACGCAAAUCUAAACAUUGGUGACAGAGUCAUAGUUUUCCCAGAGGAGCACCAUUACACCAACACAUACUACGAUUAUAUCACUGUGAAGGAUGUGAAUAAUUUGAUUGUGAUCCCACCAGAAUUUCCCAUGGAAGUGGCAGCCAUGCUUCCCUGUGGCGGCCUCACAGCCUACAACGCAGUUAUGAGAGCUAAACCCAUUGUGGAAUACAUGCUGCAGAAUAGAAAUUGUGUCAAUAUCCUAAUAGUUGGUGCUGGUGGUUUGGGGUUGUGGACAAUUAAACUGGCCAAAGCUUUAAUCAGUGGAGACUGCAACAGAGUUCACAUCACAGUAGCAGACACAAGUAUUGACAAAUUACUCCUGGCUCAGGAUCAUGGUUGUUACGAUGUCAUUCACUGGAAUGAUGCAGACCAUGAGCAGUACUUAAUUGAAAGGACACUGGAUGUGUGUCGUGGUGGCGUAGACCUUGUCAUCGAUUACGUCAGCUCACCUAGAACAUUUAGCAGGACGCUGCAGGUCCUUAAUAGGGAAGGAGUGGUGAUUGUUGGUGGCAACUGUCAGUUUGAAAUCAGCAUUUGCUUGAACACACUAGCACAGAACCAGCAGAGCAUUGUUGGUCUUCACUCUGGUACUGUUAACCAGCUUAGACAGCUUGUGGAACUACUCACUGCACAGAAGGUUACUCCACCUACUUAUGCCACUUACCCAAUCACUCAGGCCAGCCAGGUGUUCAAAGACUUAAAUGAAUGUAAAAUUCUUGGCAGGGCUGUCUUACAAGUCAGUGCAGUGGAGGAUUAAGAUAUCUCGAGGGCAACCAAAGACUGCCACAUGGAUAUAUAUAUAUAUAUAUAUCAGAAAUCGGACCUUAGGAAGAGUCCGUAUUCAAAUGUGUUCAGUUGUGGUGCUACUCCCCAAGUUCAGUCUACCUACAGGAGUAGAAGUCUGAUUCUGUGAUGGGAAGAUCUUGCCCACUGCAGAGGAAUUUACAAGAACAUUUCAGAUCUGAUGCUCUAUACAAGUGUGUGUAGCAUAAAGAUCUGCCAUUCCUCAAUGUGAUUGUUAUCCAUAAUACAAUAUGAGAGAAAGGGGGAACACAAGGUGUUGUUUUCAUCAUCAUUGUCAUCAUCAUCACAUUGUUAAGUGUUUCAGCACAAGUUGUUUUUGUGCUAUUUUGGUUAUUUAAAACGGCAUGGAUGUCAGACUGGGGAUUUAUUUAUAUGGUGAGUGGAAGAUGGAUUAAGCAAAGAACAUGAGAUUUAUCUGGAUGGACCAAAGAACUGGCUGUCUCAUUUUUUUAUUUAUUUAUAAAGGACUUGCUUUGUACCCAGUCCAAUUUGAUCUCAUUUGUUUGUAAAUGUAUUUAUUAGCAUGUGUGUACAUAAUUAUAUUUAUGGUAACUUAUCGUUUGAUUAAGUCAUUCAGGUAGAACAGUUUUAUUCCGAUCUUGGUGAAAAUGGAAGAAAGUAUCUACAUAAAUAAUUGGAUGAAAGCGAUAAUGUAGAUCUUUGUCAUGACAAAGUUCAUUUUAUUCUUAUUUUUGAACAAAGUAUUAAGUUUUGCUAAAAUUUUAGUACGUUUAUUAACUUAAAUUAAAAAAAAUUCUUUAGGUUUUUUGUUAUGUAGUUGCAAAACAUUGUAUACAUUGAGAUAUAACUUGAAACAUUCAAAUGAGAAAUGUGUAUCCCCAUGUCACAUGGCAUUUUCUUAUUAGUAGAGGCUUUUUUUUUUCAUCCUUGCCAAAAUCAUUUUAUGCAAGUGAGAAUGUCAAGUUAAAUCUUAUGUCAUCAUUUGUAAAUAGCAUCUCAUGUCAUUAAUUAUAACAUCUGUAUAUAAUGAACAGAAAUUAAAAAUCUAAAACUCACAGAAA